AUGAUAAGCGUGUGCGAGAAGGGGCGCCUCAGCGACAAAGCGAUGGAGUUCUUCGACGAGAUGCAGGCCAGCGGGCUCACGCCGGACAUCAUCACCUUCAACUCGCUGAUCAGCGCCUGCGAGAAGGGCCGGCAGCCGGACCGGGCCCUGCAGCUGUACGAGGACAUGCAGCGGCUCGGGGUCUGGCCCGACACCGUCACCUGCAACGCGCUGAUCAGCGCCUGCGAGAAGGGGGCGCAGACCGAGCGCGCGCUGCAGGUGUUCGCGUCCAUGCAGAAGAACGGCCCCGCUCCCGACGUGAUCACCUUCAACGCCCUCAUCAGCGCGUGCGAGAAGGGCGGGAGGUCAGAGAAGGCCCUGGAGCUCUGCGACACCAUGGAGCGCCAGGGCCUGGCCCCCGACGUCAUCACCUACAGCGCCCUCAUCAGCGCCUGCGCCAAGGGCCGCAUGCCAGAGAGGGCGGCGCAGUUGUUCGAGCGCAUGGAGCAGCGCGGCCUCGCGCCCAACGUCAUCACCUGCAACGCCCUGAUCAGCGCGUUCGACAAGGGCGGGCAGGCAGAGAAUGCCCUCCGGACGCUCGGGGACAUGGAGAGGCGGGGCAUCGCGCCCGACGUGGUGACCUACAACGCCCUCCUCUCGGCGCUGGCCAAGAGCCGCAUGGUGGGCGCCGUCCUCGACCACUUCGCUGGGAUGCAGCGGCGGGGCCUCGUGCCCGACGCCGUGACGUACGGCGCGGUGAUCGGCGCGUGCGAGCGGGGCCAGCUCCUGGAGGAGGCCCUCGAGCACUUCGACGCCAUGCUGGCGAGGGGCCUCGUCCCCGAGCCGGGCACCGUGGUCGCGCUCGUCGGCAUGUGCGAGCGGGCGCAGCGGCCCUCGGACGCCGCCCGCGCCUUCGAGGCCGCGCUGCGCCGCGGGAUGCUGCCCGACGCGGCCCUGCGCGAGAGGGCCGCGGAGGCGUACGAGAGGCUCGGGCGGCCGGGAGCGGCGCUGGAGGCCCUCCGCGGCAGGCAGGCGCCUCCGUCGAGCUCGGCGCGCCCGUGGGCGGCGCGGCCGGCGGGAGUCGCGGCUGCCGAGAAGAAGCAGGCGCUGAGGGCGGCCGGGCGGUGA